GUGCAACGAAACAAAGCGCGGAGGACAUCUCCAUGGCGGUUUUGCUGGUCUGAACGCACGGAUAUUUGAUGUAGUGGAGGAAAGGCCAGAUUCGAUCACUUUUCGCUACCUCUCUCCAGAUGGCGAGGAGGGAUACCCUGGAGAGCUGGACUUAAGAGUGACCUAUCGGUUUCUUAGGGCGUCUGCAUCGACGGCUAACCAAAAAGAGGAUAAAAAUGAGCUGCAGGACGUCGCAGGACCUCUAUCUUAAGGACCACAAGUGAGAGGAUGAUCAUGAUAAGUAUGUGAAUGUGCUCUGGUUGGAAGAUGUGGCAAGAACCUCCGUACAAAAAAAAAUGUUGUCUCUUCCAGCUCUAAUCUCUCCUCUCCGUCUCCUACCACGCCACCGUUCGCCACGCCGUCACUCCUCUGAAUUUGACGAACCACUGCUUUUUCAACCUACACGGUGACCACUCAAAAAGUGUGCUUGACCACUCUCUUCAGUUCGUUCGUGGAAGUGCGGAAACAUACCUACCAGUCGACGAAAAUUUGAUUCCCUUGAAGCACAAAGAACCGGUUGAUGGAGGACCCUUCGACUUUCGAGAAAGAAGGACACUGUAUCCGUAUCAACCUGGAAGUUCAUCUGAACAAGAACAAGAAGCUUCUGCGAAACCUAAAUCUCUAUUUCCAGAAAAUGGCUAUGACCAUUGCUUCGUUUUGAGGAGUGGAACAAGUAGGCGUGGGGAAGACUAUUCUUCUUGUACAACUAGUGCGUCUGUGUCUAAUGCUAAUGGCACUCCUCAGGAAAUGAGUAAUGCAGCGAAGAUGAUAUCACCUUCAGCUAGUGGUACUACACAAGAACAAUUAGUACAUCAUGUCUUGACACUAGCUAACCCGGCUAAUGCGGUGUCACUGGAGGUGCAUACGACUGAGCCAGGGUUACAACUGUACACGGGCAACUAUCUUAGCAAUGUGGUUGGGAAGAAAGGUGUAAUUUCUGACAAGUUCUGUGGCGUCUGCCUCGAAACCCAAAGGUUUCCAGAUUGCGUGAAUAGCGAAGCAGAACUAGGCUGUAACGGUUUUCUGCGACCAGGAGAAGUUUUCCAAAGUGAAACUAUUUUCCGGUUUUUCAGGAAAAUGAGUACUUCGCUAAAAUAAUUCUGAGACAACUGCAAGAUUUUUAGUGGAGGUGAUGCGGAGGAAGUGCAGAGAUGAUUGGGAUAGCCACCCAUCAACUUCGAGUACUACCUCGAGCAUUCUGCUGGUGGUCGUGUUGAUUGAUCAACACACAUGCUUCAAUGUUGAUCAAUCAUAAUUUUCUUGAGGACGAUAUUAGCAUUGGCUUUGUGCUGAGGACUCAUUUUGCGCAUUGUCCUCGUGCUCGUCAUUCUGAAGUCUCAUUUUCCUUCUAGACACAGAUUUUAGACGCCUCAUUUGCCAAGCACCACAUCAAUGUAUCGAGAUCAAUGACAAUGACCUAAUCACGAUUUUUUCUGACUACGCUAUCAAGUCGUAUCAC